AAUUCAUGAUCGCCAUAUCGUGCACUCGUCUCGCUUUGUUAUUUACGAUAUUUAACAAAGUGGAGCCUCUUAAUCGCCCUGAAAUAAUCGAACACAUCGAGAUUAGUGUUUUGUACAUGUCUGACACCGUUAUUUGGUGCUAAAUACGAGGAAUAACCGGAAUUAACGACUCCAGCAGAAUCAAAUCCUGAGAAUGGAGCAGAAAGAGCCCAAAGGGCGUGCUGGAAAAUUAAAAAAAUUGAAAAAACCCAAGCCUAAGCCCUCGGUAGAACCUGGGGAAUCAGAAAUAGAGGACCACCCUGAGAAUUUGGAGGAGGAGUUCGAGGUGACGGACAAAGGGAAUGAAACAACGGGUAAAAAAGGGCGACUGGUUCGCUCGCCGAAGCAAGAGCCAACACGAUUGGAGGACAGUCCUGGCCAAGUUCUCCAUCGCUUCAAGCGUGGCUGCGAGUGCCAAGACGACCAGUGCUUCAAAGGACUGAAUCCAGAGGCAGUUUAUCGCCACCGUCUGAACAUUGCCGAGCUGACAAAAGCCGAGCACGAUAUGUAUCUGAUGGGAGUGACAAUGGCUUGUCUAACAGAUCCCCACCAAACAGCUCGACACACAGAGAGACGCCGACUUCGUGCACAAUACGUUUAUCAGGGUCGCCGUGUCUGCCUCGAUGCAUUCCUCUACUUGGAGAACGUAACACACUAUCAGAUCAAACGAAUAAGAAAACACUUAAUUACCCAUGGAGUCACCCCUCGAGUCCAUGGGAAUCACGGAAAAAUUCCACACAAUACUUUUUCCCUCGACAUCUACAAAAUAGCCACUGAGUUCUUGAAGAAUUUCCUCAAGCAGCAGGAAGCCAAGCAGAAGACUAAAGCCGUUAAGAAUGCACCCCUUCAUCUUCCACCUGAGAUAUCUAGAAAAACAGUUCACGAUUUGUACAAAGACUAUUGCAAGAAACUAUCGCCUUCCAUCAAGUUCAUGGGGUACUCGACCUUUCGGAGGUUCAUGAAAGUACAAUUUCCCCAGGUGAAAUUCGCUAAAUUGGAGUUUGUUGUUAGAACGCCUGGUGCUGUCAGCCAGGGGAAAGUCGAGGAGAUUGAGGAGAGGAGUGAGCCAGUGCAAUUUGUCACUGAGGGAACAGAAAUGCUACCAAUUGUUAUCGCCUCAGGUGACGUUCAGCAAAGCAGUAAUGCUUAUUUUAUAACACCAGUUAGCAAAUUCCAGGAAGGACUCAGUUAUCAGUUGACGAGUGGGUUAAUUGUUAAUAGGUCGGGCCUGCCGGUCACUGUGACUAAUAUCAGUACUAUUUGAAUCAAUGGAGAAUGGAGUAUAUUUUCGAGCGAUUAAAUGUUGAAUGAGCUCUUUUAUUAUGCUCACAGUAGAAAAAUUAUGAGGAAAAUUUAGAAUUUUUAGCAAAGUUGUCAUAAAUAUAUUGAUAGCUUACGAACAGAAAAGACUUUUCCGCAAUUUUUUAAUUCGAUAUAAAGGAGAAAGCAAUUACGUAUAGAGCUAACCGUUGAAACUUCACUUUUACUCGAAUAAAAAAUGUUGGGACUUAACUUUUCCUGUUAUUAAGCUGUUGAGAUCAUAAAAAAGAUUAUAAAUCAAUCUGAACGGCAAAUUGUGCUGCAUCAGGACAUUGAUGCCGGCGGUUGGGGUAAUAAUUCACUUAAGAUAUCAUGUCUUUUCAAAUCGGUGAAACCUUCAAUACCGAAUAAUGUACAGUAGAAUAUUGUGUAUCGCAUUAAAAACCUUGAUUAAGACUUACUAUUUACCAUUACGUAUUCUAGUAAGUGUAGAAAAUUAAGAGGUGAGACUGCAAGUACCACGAUGAGAAGGAGAAACUCCUCUUCGUGCUGUUACAGCCAAAUGAAACAAUUGUGAUAAAUGACCAGUAAUCAUCCAUCAGCGCAUAACAAUUGUCAUUAGUGUCGUUCAUGGGGGCUAUUCUUACCACCAUACUCGGUGCACGUCUGAAUAUUCAGCGACUGGAGAAAAGUUGAGAUUAAACGGUACACAUACAGUUACCCACACACUCGCCAACAAUCCAUAAUGAGAAAAGGUCAGGCACCUCAGGGCAACAUCAUCCUGCACUUGGUUGGCUACCAGACAUGCAGUUUAGAUGGUGAAUUCAUCCCAGGGUCUCUCAUCUUUUCUCCGAUUGUGCGGAUUUCCUCGAAUUUCCUUGAGUCUCCAAAGAAAUUCGAGUAAUCAAAGAGAACAAUUCACAGCGAACCGAUAAAGAGUAACAAUUUCAUUGGGCUGAGGGGUAAGAGGUCCUACAAAAAAGUCUUCAAGUGUUUUCACUUUGAAUCGACAGUUUCCGAUAUAAAUCGCUCAUUAACAAGAAUGAGCUGAAUUCUCUGGUCUGUUUAAUGAUUGCGAAUAAUUAUAGAUUGUUUGUUGGAAUAAUUGUAAAUAUCAGAGGUGUGUAAUGUCCUGGAUGCUUUAGUCAGAAUAAAAUGUUAAUAAUUGCCAUUUUCA